UGACAGCAAUGAGGAUGACAAUGACUCAAUCAAGGUUCCCCGGACAGGUGGUGAUUGGAACAAGAGGCAAAAUCACAGCGAAAUUGAGAAGCGUCGACGUGAUAAGAUGAAUACAUACAUAAUGGAGUUAAGUAGCAUAAUUCCUGUUUGUACAUCACGCAAACUAGACAAGCUGACAGUGCUACGAAUGGCUGUACAGCAUAUGAAAAUGUUGCGUGGAUCUCUCAACUCAUAUACAGAAGGGCAUUACAAGCCAGCUUUUCUAUCUGAUGAUGAACUGAAGAGCUUAAUUUUAGAAGCGGCAGAUGGUUUCUUGUUUGUGGUUGGCUGUGAUAGAGGUCGCAUUUUGUAUGUAUCUGAGUCAGUAUAUCAGACUCUUCAUUAUAAUCAGAGUGAAUUACUAGGUACAAGUUGGUUUGAUAUAUUACAUCCUAAGGAUCUGACAAAAGUCAAGGAGCAGCUUUCCUGUUCUGAUAUAAGUCGUCGGGAAAGGCUUGUUGAUGCAAAAACAUUGUUGCCUGUCAAACCUGAUGUGCCUCAGGGUCUCACAAGGCUCUGUCCUGGAUCACGCAGGGCUUUCUUUUGCCGUAUGAGAUGCAAAUCUACUGCUGUGUUGAAGGAAGAAGCUGAUUCCUCAACAGGCUGCCAGAAAAAGAAAUCAAAAUCUCAGAGUUCAGAUAAAAAAUAUAGCGUCAUUCAUUUCACUGGCUACCUCAAGUCGUGGGCUCCAACUAAGGAUCCGUUAGAGGAGGAUUCGGAGGGUGAUUCAGACUCCUGCAAUUUAUCCUGUUUGGUUGCUGUUGGUAGAGUGCACCAGCCAAUUUUAGCAUCUGGUAUGCAUGAGGCAAAUAGGCUUGGUCGUGGUGCUCCUGCACAAGCUGUGGAUUUUAUUUCUAAACAUACAAAUGAUGGAAAAUUUGUAUUUAUAGAUCAAAGGGCAUCAUUACUGCUUGGCUGGUUACCACAAGAAUUGCUUGGAACAAGCAUGUACGAAUAUUUUCACCAAGAUGAUAUACCUGUGUUAGCUGAAACUCAUAGGUCAGCUUUGCAAAACUCAGAAAGUUGUAGCACUCAGGUUUAUCGUUUCCGCACAAAAGAAGGAUCCUUUGUUCGAUUACAAAGUAAUUGGAGAACCUUUAAAAAUCCUUGGACCAAGGAAAUUGAGUACAUCAUUUCUAGGAACAGUGUUAUAACGUCAGAAGCUGGCUUGGUGGAAAGCACCAUGGCUAAUGAAGCAGUUUCCCAGUCAUACAGUAAUUUCAAUGAAUUCCUCAGUUCACCAGAUACAAACCAUCUUCAAGAUACAUCAUCUCCAGGAAAUGCUGGAUCAUCAAAUAGCAGUAAUCGUCUCUUGGGUGGAGGAAUCCAGGCUGGUAAGAUUGGGAGACAGAUUGCUGAUGAAGUGCUUGAAAAUCAACGGCGUAAUGACUCCUCAUCAAACAGUCCAGUAUCUCCAUUUGAGGGGAUUUUGGGAUCUGGUGCUUCUGAGAGAUCAUUUGCUGCAUUACUUAGGAAUAAUGUGAAGAGCGAGGAGAGUGAUAGUAGUCGCCCAUCACAAGGUGGAAACAAUCAUCGUGUAUCAAGUGGCCACAAUGCAUUGUCACAAAGCAAUGACCGAACAUUGUAUAAUCACAACAAUAAUCAUGGACAACCCGUGUCAAAUGAAGGUGAUCUUAUGGAUGUUGUUGGUGGACGAGAUUUGGAAACUGAUGGAACGAGUGACUCAGAUGAAGCAGCUAUGGCAGUAAUCAUGAGUUUAUUAGAAGCUGAUGCAGGUCUUGGUGGUCCAGUUGACUUUUCUCACCUUCCAUGGCCACUACCUUAAUGUUAGCAGUUUUACUGCUAAUGAAUUCUGAUUUUUAUUUGGAAAUAUGAACAAACUUUAGUCAAUUCAGAUUGGAAAACUCCAUCCAGACAUCUAGCGGGACUUGCUGGAAUGCCAUUUCAGAGAGCACUUGUUAUUCUCCCAUUCAUUCCUUUAGGUUUUAAUUUUUUCUAGCAGAAGGCUCAAAGCUUACAUGCUAGGUGGUAGAACUUACCAAUUAAAGCUUUAUAUAAGUAAAGCAUGUUGAGUACAGAUAGUUAGCAUAUGAAAGUCUCUCAUGUAAUGUACUGAAAUCUGAUGCUUAACUUUAGACAAUUUUGAUAUUACAUAUCAGGAGAUUACUGUGGUCAGCAGGAUGGUGCCAUGUCUAAAAUUUUUAAAAUACAAUUUAAUUUAGAAGCUACACAUGCUGGAUUGACUGAUCUAACAUGUUUCAUCAUGUAACAGUUAAUUCUUCACUUAAUUUGAAGUUAAUAGCAUGUUUGUAUUGUACUCAAGGGUUUGACAAGGUUAAGUGAAAAUAUUAUUUUGUUUAAAAAUAGCCGACUGCACUCUUAUUCUUUUCCCUUUUAUGAAAGAUAUAAAAAAUUUUAUGUAUGUACUGAACUUAAAAAAUCAGGUUAAUACAACUGAUUAAUUUUAGCAGGACUUGCAAUCAGCAUUACUUUUCAGUACUAUUACUCCUCUUGAAAGAGAAGUGGGAGAAUGCUGAAGGUGAGGGGCAUUUGUUUACAAAUGGAAACCCAAAUGGAUAUGUGCAAAGCUCCAUUAAGUCUAACCUCACAAGUUUGCAAAUUAUCCUUGGUAUGCAAUGAGGUAGGACCUAAUGAAGUUUAUUGGGUAUUGCUGUAAGAUAUUUGAAAGGGUAUAAAUUUGUGAUAUAAAAAAAAUAACAGUUAAUGAAUGUAUGUAAAUGCACAUGAUUUACGUACUUCAGUGAAUAAGUUUAAGGUAAAAGUAAUAAUAUUGCUUGAAUAUUCAAAUAUAUUGCUUGACAUUAGCUUAAUCUAUAUGAAGCACUGUAAUAUAAAUUUCAGAGGCAAGUUGUUAUUGUUUCAGUUUGUUUAAAUUAUUUAAUAUAGUAUACUACUUUGUAUUUAUUUUCAAGUGAUUGGCCAUUGCAAUAUUAUUGCAAUUAACUGUUGGAUGUAGAUAUCAUGAAUAAUAAUAAGUAAUAAUAAUAAUAAAAGUAUUUAAUCCAGAGGUCUUGUUAAUGUAUUUAAUAAUAAUAAUUAGAGUAACGGAUAGUCAAGCAAAAAACCUUUCACUGAAAAUUAGAAUGUUUGGUAAAAGAAAAAAAAAAUUGGAGUUAUUGCUAGGCCAGUCAUAAAGGUCUUGUUAUGUUAACAGUGAUCACUAACCUUAUCGUGAUGAGAUUUAUAUUUGUUUAAUAUUAAGAGGCUUGAAACAGCAAAGUUCAGUUUGCACAGGUUUUGCAUGUGAAAUUUUAAUGUUAAUAUAGUAUUGAUGUUUUUUCAAGACAAUGUUGUCUCUAAAAUCAUGUCUUAAGAGUCUGAUACAUUAUACCAGGCUUGAGUAAAUAGAUGUAAAGAUAGCUAGUGAUAGAAUUGAAGUUAUACUUAAUCUAAAGUACAAAAGCUGCUGUGUAGAUAGUUACAGCCUGAUAGAUUUAUAUCUGCAGAAGAAAUACCAGUAUAGUUUUUUGUAAACCAUAAUAUAUUGUCCAUCUAUAUAAGUCUAUUUAGACUUGUUUUUAUGGUUUAGAUAUUUCAUUUAUGGGUGACAGGAAUUGAUCCCAGUGAGAAUAUGACAGUGCAAUUAAUUUUUUUAUUUUUUAUCUAUCGACUUUAUCAUAUAGUAUGUUUUAGUUUUAUUUACUUUAGUUAACACAAGAAAUUUUAUGUGUGAAGCAAUCGUAGUGAUGGUUUUCCAAACUACAAUAAUUCUGUCUGGUGUUUGACCAAUGUAUUCCUUCAUUUUCCAUCUAUGACCAAGUGCCCAGCUGGUAUAAAAGAUGAAGUAGCAAAGCAAAAAGAUGCCAUAUUAAUCUGAUUGUUCUUACAUUCAUUGCUGUAGUAUUUUCAUUCCAUUGCAAAGCAUACCUCAUUUUGUUCUUUUUUUUACUUCACAAAGUCUCCAUUCUUUUGGUUAUGUAGUUUUUAAUGCCUGGUUCUUAAGUGGCAUUUCAAGUACAAAUUUUCUGCUUUAGAUUUUGAAUACAAAUAAAAUAUAUGAAUAUAUAUCAUGUGUAAAAUUUGAAAAUCAAUACAGAGAAUUGGUAUCAGAACCAAGAAGUCCAGAAAAGUAAGAUAAUGAAAACUUUUAACUUAAAUUAAUAAUUUUUGUACAUAUUGUAAACUGCUAGGUAGGUUAUCUCAACCCGAACUUUAGGGAGUAUGGGUAAUAGGACAGUUUGCUUGAGUGUAUGAGGUAAUUGUGAUGCUGAUAUUCCAUUAAGUACUUUCAGAGUAGGUAUCAUGUGUAUCUUUUGAUAUGAGAGACUUUGUCAGUCCAUGGUUUUGUCAUUUUAAAGUUUAAAAGUUCUUUUGAAACAUACAAGUGCAAAUUAAAGUUUGGCCAUUUAAUUAUUACCAGGUUGUACCUUUGUAAUGCAUAUAAGGACAAGCAAAAUUUGUGUAAUUUACCCUCUUUUGACAUGAUGAUGAAAUUGUAUAAGUUGUUAACUAAUUAAAUCACCAUAGUCCAGUUUUAUGUAACACUAUUCUCAGGCCUGUCUGUUAUAGGAGUCUUCAGUUAUUAUAAAAAUAAUUUGUUGGGAGGGAUUCUGUCUGGUUAUAUGCAUCUCCUGUAUAGUAAGUAAACAUUUCAGUGUGUUCAUUUGUAUGAUAGAUGAAAUAUUUGUUAAAAUUUUAUAGAAAUUAUAUAGUUUUAUGUUGAAUAUUGAUUUAUGUAUAAGAUUUUAUUAAUUCUAUCUAGUCCCUUUUCAUUUAUAUAUAAACAAUUACUUAUAACAUAGAUUAUUUUGAUGUAAGAAAAUGUGACACUCGGUUAUUUUGUACUUCAUGCUGCAAAAGAGUGAAAGUGAUAAUCAUUCAGUCGAUUGUGUGGUGCAGCAAAAGAACGGAGAAAAACUUAGUAAGUGGUUUGGUUAAAGUUUUCUCGGUACAUUUUGUUCUAAUAGUUUGAUUCUGUUACAAGAAUGUGUUCUUAUUGAGAGAGAGCAGCCUUAAGGUGAUGUUUCAGUUGAAAUCUUACUCCAGUUUAGAGUGUGUAUGUAGUCGAUAUAUAACUUUUCAGGAUGAACAGUAUCCAUUUCAGUGACCUUAUUGGUCAUUUUUUUUUUUGUCUGCUGGUCUAUUGGUAGAACCCACUGUCAACACAAAAAGUGCAUUUAGUUCUUCAACAGCCAAGUUUGCCUUUUUUUAUCAUUGAUUACUCUCUGAGGGAAUUACGCUUCUUCUAUGUAGCACAUUGUUUCCUUUACUAAAUAAGAAAAGUAUAUCAAUCAUUUUCUAUAUUAUAUCUUCCCUUCUCAUUUUAUUUUUGCCCACUGAAAUGCAAAUUAGUGAUGGCUGCCAUAGAAUCCGAGAUUUUGCUUAGUGGUCAUAAGUAACAUCAUUGCCCUACAUUUCACACGAGAUUUUGAAUCUAUAAGAUUGGAUGUAGCAGUAAAAAUUGAUGGCAGGUGCUUAAUUGGUAGAUUAUUCAUCUCAGAGUGAAUGAAUUAGAGAAAUGAUUUUUUAAGUGUAAGCUCUUCAUGCAGUAGAAUUUGCUUACAAGUAGAGUCUUCUUUUAAAACUGUUUUGUGGUAUGUAUUUUAAUUACAGAAAUGUUUUGCAUUUAUAUCAGUUUGUGCAAUAAUUUGAGUUUCACUAGUUAUGUACCAUUUUUACUUUUCAUUAAUACUUUGUCGGUAAGUAUUGGGGUAAAUCCUGAAAUUACUUGUAGUAUGUAGCUGAAAUAAAAAAAAAAAAAUUUUGCAUACGAUUUUUCACUGUAUGUGAGGAUUCAUAAGGUGUGUUGCAAAUAGUAACAACAUUGGAGGUCAUGUAUAUGUAAUCAUUGCAUAGUUGAUAUAUGUGAAUAGUAUAUAUGCAUAAUCUGAUCUCUUGUACAGAUUUUAUUUAUUGUAUUUUAUGCGUGUCUAUGCCUUUGUCUUUUGUGUGAUAUAUUAAUAUUUAAUAUCUUUUUCUUUGUUGAAGCUCUCUUAAUGUAUGAAAUUGAAAGAUGUGGCAUGUAUAUGUAGUAGGUGUUAAUUUUAAAAAUUUAACUUUAUUGUAUUCAACUUAAAAUCUUUCUAUUAUUUUGUAUUUUUGUUAGAUUCCUUAAUUUGUUAUGCAGAUCUUUCAUUCUUGAUUAUAUGCAUAUGGCAGCAAGAAUCAUGAAACCACUGUUGAUUAUUCUUCUGUUGUUUUGCACUUUUUUUGUCACCCUGAUGUUAUUUAUUGUAAGUUUAUUAUAACAUUUUUAAGAGUUUUUUGUGUGUUCCAUUUUAGUUACGUGACUUACCUCUGGAGAAGUUUGUCUCCUUUUAGUCUUAAUUUUGUCAUUCAUAAGUUGCUUGCAAUUAGUGUUUCAGCAUUUUAUCAUGUAUACCAUUAGGUGUUUGGAAAGUAACUUAUAUCACUGAUAUUGUCAACUGUUUUAUUAAUGUAAACUUCUGAAACAUAGGGGAUGCCAAAGCAGACCUUAAAAUUAAUUUUUCUAGCUAGUUUGAAACUCUUUCAAAUCUUGAAGGCAUGGAUAGAGUAAUAGCAACUAAAUUGAGAACCAUAAUGGAUGUUGAUCUAAGUAAUAAACUUGUAUGUUAUACAUCUAUGAAGGUGGUAUAAUGCUAGCUGAAAGGUCAAGAACACUGUCAUUUUAAAGGGAUAGUAACUAAAUGCUGUAAAAUAAAAUGGAAACACAAAAUUUCAUUUAAUGGGUUUUUUCUCAAAGUAAUGGUUUCUCAACUUGAGUCCAUUUCCAUUCUUACUCAAGGCUAGCUUUAUGAAAGUCAAGUAUUUAACAUAUUUGUAUGUCUGGUUAUAAUACUUUAGUGUGGCUGAAGUUUAUGUCUUUCAAACAGUUUUAUUAGUAACUGCACCCUCUGAUUUUCUGUCCGCAGUUUAAUAAUAUCAUCAUUAUUAUUAUAUUACAAUCCAAGCAGCAAUCUUAGCUGGAAAAGUGGAAUGUGCCAAGCCAAGGGUCCCAAAUAGGGAGAACAGCCUAGAGCUGUACAGAAAACGAAACUGAAGGAAAAAAUUAAUUAUGAAAGAGAAGUAACAUUCAAAUAAAAAAUAUAUAACACUUAAGAUAAAUAAUGAAGUAAAAUAAGACAAAUAACAAAUAAAGUAUGGACUAAGACUCAUCUAACCUUAUCAACUAAAAAUAUUUACAUCAAGUCUGAACCUUAGAAGUUCUAAUAAUUCAACCACAUGACUAUGAAGAUUGUACCAAUAUUUGGUUGCACUAAGAAUAGAAUAAAACUUUGUUGUACUGGACCUCAUAAAAGAAAAGGUAAGACUGUUAAAAUUAACUGCAUCUAUGUUACCACAUUUCCACACCAAUGAAAUAAUUUCCCUUAAGCUUCAGUAUCAAAUUAAUCAAAAUUGCUUUUUACAUAUUUAUUAAAACAAUUUUAAAUAGAUUUAGGUAAACUUAAUUAGAUGGAAACCUAAAGCUGUCACUCUGUUGUCUACGUUCAACGUUUCAAUCAAAACAUCACUUGAUUGUCUUCUGCUGCUUCAUGAUUUGGCAUAAACAACAAUUUUUUGAUGCCUCAUUAUUCAGCCAUUAUUAUAUAACAUAUAUAUA